AAGAGUGGGCCCAGCCCAGUGGGCCAGUUAUGCUAACGUCACGGUCCACAACCCCAGCCCGCAAAUUUGUUCAAAUUUCUAAGGAAAUACCAAAAGCUACGCAUUGACUCCAUCUCUUUCGCACGUGUGAAAAUUCCCUCGGUCUUAAUUUGCAUUCCUGACACGUGUUACCAAGAAUAAAUAAAGCAAGUGCCAAAUUAAUUAAUUAAAGCGCGUCAGUUGUAGAGGCCGUUCGUUUCAUCGUCCGCUGUGGCGCCUUCUCCCUUUUUCACUUCCAACUAUAAAACCAUAAUCCAAAGCUUCCAUUUCCCCAAAACUUUCCGCCAUUUUCGCACACCUUAAUCUCCUCUCUAAACCUGGUGAGAACAGCGACUGUUAAUUUUCAAACGAUGGAACCUGAUGAAGGUCCGGCGCAUCUCUCGCUGUCGCCGACUUUUAGUAGCUAUUCUUCAGGUAGUUGUAGCCUUGCUGAAAUUGCUGCUAGAGUUGUUCGAGAAGUUGGAGAAGAACCGUUUGCAGAUGCUGAUAAUUACGGCUGGGAGGCUCAAGGUUCUGUUUACCGUUUCCGAGAAAAUGUGUCCACCGGCUCUGCGUCGGAAGGAGUUAGAAGUAAUGACGGUGGUAAAAAUUGUGAUGAUGAUGAAGAGUUUGAGUUUGCUGUUCUCAGAGAACCAGGCUCGUCUACGAGUUCUGCUAAUGAAAUCUUUUACAAUGGCCAGAUCAAGCCGGUUUAUCCGGUAUUCAACAUGGACUUACUGCUAGACAACGGCUCGCCGGUAGACAACGGAUUGGAGAAUUUGAAGAAGAAACCGGCUGUGCGUCGUUUGCCGUUGAGGAAAUUGAUGAACGAGGAGCGUAAAAUAACGUCGUUCUCUUCAUCUGGAGUGGACGAUCUAGGAGGCGUUCCAUUGGAUUCGUAUUGCGUCUGGUCUCCAAGCCCUGAGAAAACAUCGCCAGGAAAAAGAAAUAAAAGAAAUUCUACAGCAUCGUCAAACAGGUGGAAAUUUAGGGAUCUUCUAUACAAUAACAGUCGAAGUAAAAGUGAAAGAGAGGAUGAACUUGUGAAGAGGAAGUCGAGUAUUAUGAAGAACGAUGAAACUGGAAAUGUAUCAAAGGGAAAGGUAGAUUAUAGGUCUGGUUUCUUCACAUCCUUCUCUGCACAGAACGCUCAGUAUGGAAGGAACAGAUCGGUGAAAGAACCGGAAAAGAGAAGAUCCUACUUGCCAUACAGACAACAUUUGGUAGGAUGUGUGGCUGAUGCCAAAGGAAGGAUAUAGAAUUUGCUUCCAAUUUCUGAAGAUUUGUUUGUGGAUGCAUUUCUGGAGCACAUAACUAUGAUUCAAAAAGAACUGAAAAAUUGUGUAGUUUCCAAUCAGGUUUAAAUUAGGUUUGUUCUCGUCUCUAUAAUUUUGUAUAUUUCAUCAAUUCUUUUUCUGUUCCAAAAUGCUGUUUCCUUUUGUUGUGCUGUGUAUUACACAAAUUACAAGUUGCUUGUGAUUGUAUCCAAUCUUCCUUUUAAUGAAGACGAUUCACAAUGCGUUUCAUGUGUC